GCGGCCGUAAGUGUCGGAAAGCAGGUCGAUGUGAAAUCGGUGAUGGACACUUGGCUGUUACAAAUGAACUACCCAAUUGUCACGGUUGAGCGUGUUGGAAAAACGCAAUUCCGUUUCGAACAAGCGCAUUAUUUAGAUCCACCAAACGCGAAACCGCCAAAAAAUCCAUCCACUUAUGGGUGA